GCGGCCGCCAGCUGCGACGCGCAGGGCGCGGGGGAGCCGCGCGCGGAGAAGAAGCCGCUCAAGCCCUGCUGCGCCUGCCCGGAGACCAAGAAGGCCCGCGAUGUCUGCAUUGUUGAGAAGGGUGAAGAAAACUGUGGGCACCUUAUUGAAGCUCACAAAGAGUGCAUGAGAGCUCUAGGCUUCAAGAUAUGAGUGAGAUGAGUGGGACUGAAUGUGGUAAGUGUAUGGA